AUGUCGAAUCGCCCCCUCGCAGUCGCAAAAUCACGACUACCUACAGGCGCAAAACCUCCCGCAACCACCACGAGAGCAACGCCGCUAGACCAACCUCUCUCCUACGCAGAACGAGAAAUACGCAAUCGCGCCGCUCGCGUGCUAGAAAAUGAAGAAAUGCUUCUCUUGCUGAGUAGACAACGACACGAGUCUGUACUCCAGACCCGCAUCUAUUGCGAAGCCAGAGCGGCGGGACUAGAAGACGAGACGUUGAAAUUCGACUACACGAUGGAUCUCAGCGAAGAGAGGGACCCAAACAAGUCAGGCACGAAGAGUCCAGCGGCGAAAGGCACUGCGCGCAUUGCUUCUGGAUCCAGCAGAAAUCCAGGCUCGCCCUCGAACAGCAAAAGAGACAAAGAUCGCGGACGGGAAGGAGGAAGAAGGAGCCUUGGGUCUACCAGGUGA